CUUCAAUAUUCAGAAGAAAGACGCAAUUAGUAAACAGGCUGCUUUUUGAAUUCAUGACAUUAUGGUCAAGUGGACAGAAGAGGAGCGCUGCACCAUCAGGGAAGUUUGGGAAAAAGUUGAUGUUGAUGAGAUUGGACCACAAAUUCUAACAAGGGUUCAUAUUGUUUACCCCUGGAGAGAGACAUACUUUGGCACCUUUGGAGACAUUUUCACUAACACUUCCAUUCUGAAUAACCCCAAAGUAGCUCACCAUGGAAAGGUUGUGCUGAGGUCCAUUGACAAAGCAGUGAGAAUCAUGGACAGGAUACAAGAGACACAUGCUGCUCUGAGCAGGCUGCACUAUGAAUGUGUGGAUCCGGAUAACUUCAAACUGCUGGGAGACUGCAUCACCAUCUCCAUUGCCUGCAAACUCAAGGAAGCCUUGAACCCUCAGGUCCAAGCAGUCUGGCAGAAGUUCCUCUGUGCUGUGGUGGAGGCCAUGAACAGCCAGAACAAAUGA